UCACAACAUCGCAAUCUUCUACGCACCGCUCUGCUAUACAAUUCGAGCACAGCGGCGUCGUCAUGAGAUGUUCUACAAAGACGGCGUGGCGGAGUGCUGUGAAUUCGGCGGAGAAGCUAGCCCAGCAACCCAGAUUUCUUUAUUCUACAACCUUUAUUUUUCUUACGACCACGCACGCACUCAAACAUUAUGGUCACGACAUCAGACUCUCUUACAUACAUCAGUUCCUGUCCGAGGUGGAAGUUUGGAGCGAACUGCCGACUUCAAGCCUGACUUUCGCUGUCUGGAAGUCGACCUAUCCACCUGUUCACCUGUCUACCUCUGCUGUCCACCGACUACGAGCGCUGCCUCUCAAUCGCAGGACUUUCCCGCCUCUCGAUCUUCACUGCUUGCCUGCAAGCUUCGAUUCGUAUGCCGCCGAAGCCAAGAUCCUCGAAGCAACAUGGGCCGGUCCCUGAAGCAAGAGCCUGGAUUUUUCGGCGAGACGUGACAGACAGCGGACCACUUCAAGCGCAGUAACGUCCUCGGUGUUGGUGAAAGCUUGAGCAAUGGCGACCGAUCGCGCAACAUGCGCAGACGCCUGGUGCCUGGCGCUCGGAGGUGACAUACAGACAGCGGGCCACCUGCAUUUCAAGCGCAGCAACGUGCUCGGUGUUGGGAAAAGCCUGGGCAAUGGCGACCGAUCGCGCAAUUUGCGCAGACUCCUGGCGCCUGGCGCUCGGAGGUGACAUACAGACAGCGGACCACUUCAAGCGCAGCAACAGCAACGUCCUCGGUGUUG